UGAUUUUAUUGAAGCAUCGCUAAAAAAUAUGUAUGGCUUUAUGAUAAUAAAUAAUAUUCUUUUAAUAAGUCUAACUGGUUUUGAAACAAUAAUGAAAAUGGAUCAAACAGAUCAAGCAAUGAGAUUUGCUGCUUUUACAUUUGGACAAAUGGUACAUUUACUUUUCAACAGUUUACCGGGUCAAGAACUUGUUGAUCACAGUACUAGUGUUUUCAAUUUAGCAUACGAUUGUCAGUGGGAAUCAUUAUCAAUCAAAUCGAAAAAAAAAAUUCUCUUUAUUCUUAUGCGAAGUGCAAAACCAAAAAGUUUAACGGUACAAAUUUUAAAAUAUAAUUUAAUGUACAUUGUAUUUUUAAAUUAUGUUUGAAUAAUUAAUAUUUA